AUGUCGUUGCCAGCUUUUACCAGAGGCCACCUUUGUUUAUUUUUCGUAUUUAUUCUUGUUAUAUUGUCGAGAAAGCAUACUGUGCGAUCCUUUAAUGGUGAUUUGUAUCCAACAAUCUACGACGAAAACGAUCACAUAGUGAUUCUCGAUGAGUUAAACUUCAAUAAAACUAUUUUUUGUGGCAAUUAUAACGAAUCGUGCACAGCAUUUGUUGUCGAAUUUUACUCGGGCUGGUGUGGUCAUUGCCGCGCUUAUGCCUCAGUUUACAAAAGGCUAGCGAAAGACAUCGGACUGUGGUCGAAAUUUGUCAAGGUAGCUGCCAUCAAUUGCGCAGAUCCUUUUAAUCAACUUACAUGUACCGCUAAUGACAUUAUUUUUUAUCCUCUAAUAAAGUAUUUUCCACGAAAUUCGCUUGAUCCAUCUGCGGCAAAAUUACUGCCACCACGGUGGUCAGUUGCUGAAAUGCGUAAGCAAAUCGUUGACUCCUUAUUUGAUGAUUUUUUCGCAAAUAAAUAUCCCGAUUGGCCAGAUUUUAAUUUCCUGCCGAGCAUGAGUACUUUAACUGGUAUCUGGAGUGACAUUCCAAUGAAGACCAACAUUUUGGUACUAAUUUUUGACGAGUCGUACAACUCUUCGGCUGGAGCUCAGUUAAUGUUGGAUUUAUGGCAAUAUAGUGAUCGAAUCUUUGUGAAACGAUGCUUGAAAGAUCAUAAUUUGGCUGAAGCCAAUCACAUCGCUGAUUUCCCCAGCUUAGUCGUUUUCCGACGAAAUGAAACCUAUCCAGCUUUUGCGACCGACAUCCGUCGUUUAUUAUUCGGUUCAUUAGAAGAUUUCCUAUUAAAGGAAGAUGAAGUCGAUGAUCGACGCAAAAGUCCUAACAAUCAAACGGAUAUAUUUUGUCAAGCAAAUCCUCAAAUUUGUCGCGAGCGAUUCUAUGUAUCUGAAAGAGAUCUCCUAAAAGCAACGCGAUAUGCUAUAUUUAAUGAAGUUACAAGAAGUGGAAAACAACUCAGCGGAGAUAAUCUGACAGAUCUAUUCAAAUUCUACGAAGUUCUUGCAAUGCCUCUGGUGAAAAGCGAACAAGUACGAAUGAUUUUUAAGCAUAUGAGUGAAUACUUGAAGGAAAAAAGGAAUGAAAUAAUCCUGAUGGAUGAUUAUGCUAAGGAAUUCCUGAAAGCUGAAAAUGAAAGCAAUAAUCCAUUUCCGAUCGAUGAUGGUUGGGACCAUUGUGCCGGCUCUAAUUCUAAAUUCCGUGGAUAUACUUGUGCUUUAUGGAUAACUUUUCAUGCAUUGACUGUCAGCGCUUAUAAAAAUAGUUUAAAUGAAUCUGAAUUCGAUCCUCUUCAGCCAUUACUGGCAAUUCGUGGAUGGGUUAAUUAUUUCUUUGGUUGCAGGAUGUGCCGUGAUCAUUUCAUUCGUAUGACAUCAAUGACAUUCCCUGUUGAUGGACAUGUAUUGCGACCCGAAGAUAUGCAUAUCUAUUUGUGGAAGGCACAUAACAUUGUUAAUGCAAGAUUGAAGGGACGAGAAACAGAGGAUCCAAAAUUUCCAAAAAAUCCUUUUCCACCGUCAUUCCUUUGCAAGACAUGUGCUUAUAAAAAUGGUGAAUACGACUUGAAUGAAAUAAGCAAAUUUUUGGUUGAAUAUUAUUCUGCCAUAAAGCCAUUUAAUGGUUGA